UGUCUCUUUUACAUAGUGCUACAGGAAGUGCAGACAAACCCUCCUCUAUUAGAUUUACAAUUUUCUGUGCAGUUGUUUAUUAAUCUGUCCUCACUGUCUUUCUUUCAUCUGUAUUCUUUUGGUUUUACGGUUUCUUCCUGCCUCAUUCAGGACCAGACGGCUCUAGGAGAAAGGGUGCUUAACUCUCUUUUUUUUUAUGGAAAGUCACAGUAAAGCUCUCUGAGAAUGGAAAAAGGAUACCCACCACAGGAAUCAGCUCCACCAUACCCUGGGCCACCUAUAAACUAUGGUGGUGCGGUGCCUCAGCCAGGGAUGUACCCUCAGCCAGGGAUGUACCCUCAGCCAGAGGUGUACCCUCAGCCAGGUUUCUCUGCAGCUGCACCUCCACCUGCUGCAUACCAAGGAGGUGCUCCUUUUGCUCCGGCCAUGGCUGCACCUGCCACAACAGUGACUCACAUGAUAGUAGCACCUGCACUACAUGACGUCCCAGGACAAACUGUGUGUCCCCACUGCCAGCAGACAGUGAUCACCAAGACAGACCACACAGCAGGCUUGAUGACCUGGGCCAUCUGUGGUGGCCUCGCCCUCUUUGGGUGUUUUCUUUGCUGCUGUAUCCCGUUCUGCAUUGAUUCCUGUAAAGAUGUAGAGCAUCACUGUCCAUCCUGCCACAGAGUUAUCUACAUAUAUAAGCGAAUGUGAAACUAUCUGGACUGUGAAUGGGGGAGAAGAACAUAAUGCUUAUCUGUAGCUUUUUAACAGCCUUACUUGCUCUGCAACCAAGCAAUCUUUUUAUGUAAUGCAAUCUUUUGAUAUUGUUUAUAAUAAUGCAAAAUGCCUUUAUUCCAGAGAAGCAUCAUGCUGUGAGGCAUUAUAUUCAGCAGUCAUGGAACAUUUGUUAUUCAUUAAACAAGGGAUAUAAACUAACAAAUAUGCUUACUGUAGUUAUGAGCGGUUUUCUUGUUAAAAACAAAGGAUCUCACCAGUCACUUGUAGGGAUUACACCUCGUACAACAACAACAGUCUGAUCAUGUUAGGGCCAAAAAAAGCACUUUUUGUGGAUGUAAUUUUGACGGGCACAAUUGCCCCGAAGGAAUGCAUUGCAGCCUCCGCAGGAGGUUCGCGACUGUUGGCUGAAGCCAUCUACUGUACGGAUUCCAAAAACCUUUUGUACCUACUAGUCAUUUUGACACCAAAAUAUGUGAAAUAGUGAAAUUAUCCUUUCAAGGGAUAUUUCAUCACUCGAAAAAUGGUAUUUUUCAUAAAAUUGUGCUGUCUAUGCAGUAGAAAGACGUACAUUUUUUUUUAACAGCCGGUCAGAGCUACUAACGUUUGGCUAAACUCUGAUAGCACCAUUGGGUAGAAAACUGGACUGUUGUGUGUGCUAAGCCUCAUAAAAAUGUGGAUUGUACAGUAUGUUUUCACACGUUGCUGUGCUAGUAACACUGUUAUCAUUACUCACAUGUCAGUUUUGCCCCA